GUGAUCAACAGCAUCUCUUGCUAUUUAGCAACCUCUCAGCUCAUAGAGCUUCACUCGCCAUCCUCACCUCGCCUACCAACAACCACAACCGUCACAAUGUUCGGCUCAUACGGCUCUUACAGCUCCAUGUGCGCUUCCUCUGCGCCCAUGGAUAUCACCUCGCGCAGCAGCUUCACCUCUCACGACUCGGCCUGCGCUUUCCCCUCUUGGCCUCGACGCGACUCCCUCUCCGAGUCCGACCGCGAGGAACGCCCUACGUCUUAUCUCUCCGACGACGAUCUGUUCCUCCCCGACCCCUUCGACGAUGACGCCCGAAGCGUCUCCAGCGCCGGCAGCUCUUCUCCUGGAGCCAUCGCCUCUCCUCCCAACGUCAUCUCCGACUACGAGCUCCUCCAGGCUGAGCGCGAGCGCCAGGCGGCUAUGCAGCGCGAGUUCAUCCGCGUUGUCGCCAUGGAGAAGGAGCGUCGCCGUGCCGCCGCCGCACGAAAGCAGCGCCGUAGCAGUUCCAACAAGAAGAGUCCCAAGACCAAGCUCACCUCCAUCCAGGAGUCUGCUGAGUAGACGAGCUUUGGUUGCUCUUCAUGACUGUUACGAUUAAUGAUAGCGCUGCUUUCUUUGCAUUACCACAUAUGAUACCCCCGAGAUACCCCACACAUCAACAGUCGCAUGUGCGCAGAAUGCACAUGCCAGAUCUUCUACACCACUACCCCAUCAUAAUACCAGAUGGUCUUUCAACACAAGGACACUUCACGUGAAGGCAACCACCACACCUUCAUUCAACCUUCCUUGGUCUACUUUCGCAACACACACAACAUACC